AUAUCCUCCAACAUAUUCUCCUCCCAACGCCAACGCCAACGCCACGCCGAGCCUCGCGCCGCUCUUAUAUUACGGCGCGCCGCGCUCACCUCGCCGGUAGAUUGGAUAUUACAGCAGCCCAACUCCGACCAACUUAAUUUCCACCGGCCGUCGAGGAGGAGGAGGCGGCCAUGAAGUUCGGGAAGCGGCUGAAGAGGCAGAUCGAGGAGAGCCUGCCGGAGUGGCGCGACCAUUUCCUCAACUACAAGGAGCUCAAGCGCCGCCUCAACGCCGUCUCCUCCCCCGACCCCGCCGCCGAGGCCCGCUUCCUCGCCCUCCUCCACGCCGAGGUCGACAAGUUCAACGCCUUCUUCCUCGAGCAGGAGGAGGACUUCGUCAUCAGGCAGCGGGAGCUGCAGGAGAGGAUCCAGUCGUCGUCGUCGGCGGCGGCGGAGAUGGAGGGGCGGGUGCGGAGGGAGGUGGUGGACCUGCACGGGGAGAUGGUGCUGCUGCUCAACUACAGCAGCAUCAACUACACGGGGCUCGCCAAGAUCCUCAAGAAGUACGACAAGCGCACCGGCGGCGUGCUCCGCCUCCCCGUCAUCGCCGGCGUCCUCCGCCAGCCCUUCUACGCCACCGACCUCCUCUCCAGCCUCGUCAGGGACUGCGAGGCCAUCAUGGACGCCGUCUUCCCCUCCCUCCCCUCCCCCUCCGCCGCCGCCGCCGCCGCCGCCCGCGCCGCCGCCGAGCAGGCCAUCUUCCGCAACACCGUCGCCGCCCUGCUCACCAUGCAGGAGGUCCGCAGCGGCAGCUCCACCUACGGCCACUUCUCCCUCCCGCCGAUGACCCCGCUGCCCGACUCCGACUGGCUCAUCCAGUCCGUCCAGCCGCCGCCGCCGCCGCCGCCGUCGUCGCCGCUCAUCAUCCCCACGUAGUCAUCUCACGGCAAAUGCCACAUAUUGCGACGAGCUGCAACAUUGUCAAAUUUUUUUUCUUCUUUUGGCAGCAAAUUGAAAUCGAAAUCGAAAAGAACAGACAUGUAAUUACAAAUCUGUAAUGUUGUCUUUCUCUUUUUGUUUUUUUGGUGUGUGUUUUUAUCAUAGUUUCUCUAACUAAUAGGAGUAGUAAAUAAUGUAACGAAUGAGAUCAAUACCAAUGGUUCUUGAUGGCCAUAACUAAGAAAUACUAGUAUUAGUACUAGAUUGCACAUCACAGGUGCUCAA